CGGCGGACAAACAAUCAGGGCAUAUCCCACCUUCCACCUUCCCCAUAUCACCAAGAUGCCCAAGGCGAAGCGAAAGUCCCAUGGGGCGGGUGCUGGAGAUUCGACGCCGUACUCCAAGCCCUCCUCCAAAGCCGACGCGGCGCACUCAAUCUUCAAGAUGAACAAGGACCUCGGUCAACACAUACUCAAAAACCCAGGGGUGGCGAGCGCGAUCGUCGCGAAGGCGAACCUAAAGCAGUCGGAUCACGUCUUGGAAGUCGGUCCUGGGACAGGAAACCUGACGGUGCUGAUACUGAAGGAGGCGAAAUCGGUCACCGCUGUGGAAAUGGACCCUCGCAUGGCUGCCGAAUUGACCAAGCGUGUGCAAGGGAAGCCGGAAGAGAAGAGGCUGAAGAUUCUGCUGGGCGACGUUAUCAAGACGCAGCUGCCGCACUUUGAUGUUUGCAUAUCCAAUACACCGUAUCAGAUUUCUUCGCCGCUUGUCUUCAAGUUGCUCUCGCUGCCGCAACCCCCCCGCUCCUGCGUGCUCAUGUUUCAGCGCGAGUUUGCGCUGAGAUUGUUUGCCCAACCGGGUUCCAAGUUAUACUCGAGGCUAUCGGUCAACGUGCAGAUGUGGGCAAAAGUAACACAUGUCAUGAAAGUAGGGAAGAACAACUUCAAUCCCCCACCCAUGGUCGAGUCCAACGUCGUUCGCAUCGAACCGAAGUUUCCCAGACCCCAGAUCAGUUACGAAGAGUGGGACGGAUUAUUACGCAUAUGUUUCAACAGGAAGAAUAAGACUCUGAGGGCGAACUUCGUUGGUACCACGGUCGUGCUGGACAUGCUAGAGAGGAAUUACCGCCUUUGGUGCUCGCAGAAUGAUAUCCCCGUUGAUGACUCUCCCAUGGGAGAUGGCGAAGGAGAAGCCGAGGACAUGGACGUUGACACCAUGGAGGAUGACGACGAAUUCAACGGCUUCUCCGAACCCGACGAGGAUGAUGAACUGCCCGACUUUUUCAAGCAGGCACAGGCGGAACAAGCAGCGCGCAGACAGAAAGGAUCGGGUCGGAAAAAGAGAGGCCGAGUGUAUGAACUGGUCAGGGAGAAAGUUCGGAAGGUCUUGGAAGACGUGACCGACCUUGCGGACAAGAGAGCGCAGAAGUGCGAAGAAGGCGAUUUCCUGAAGCUUUUGUAUGCUUUCAACCAGGAGGGCAUACACUUCAGCUAAGUGUGUUGGAGUUAUCUGGCAGCUUCCAUCGCAUGUACAAUCAAUGGAGCAAGCAUGUGUAGCAAGCACUUAUUCACUAUAAGUACUUGCUCCUUUCCAUCUCAUCUGGACCCAUCGCCUAGGUCCAACAAAGUGUUCAGUUAUGGGCACGCCGCGAUUGAGCCCUCACAUUGUAGGAGUUCCGGAUUAUGUUUGGGUUAUGGCGUUGGGUAUACCAAAAUCUGCGAUACAGUAGUUGAUGGCUCUGGGAUAUCAUGUCUAUAGUCUAGAUUUCAAACGUCAAGUGAAUGCAA